AUGUCUUCACCCAGCGCGUCUCCAUCUUCCUCACCAGUUUCUACAUCCUCUACUUUGACGGAAGAAAGGUCAACUCGCACGAUGGCGGACGUUGUGAAGGAUUUUGAUACGGAGGAGCUUAUCGAAUAUCUGCGGAAGAAAGACUUGAAGCUUAAGGAGUCACAUUUCAAGAUUUUUCGAAAAGAAGAGAUUACUGGUCUUGACUUUCUUGAUAUGACUAAAGAAGAGUUUCGUGAUAUUGGAUUUGCGUUGGGGGCCUGCUACAAGACUGGCAAAAUUUAUCGAGGAUCUCGGGCAAAAACUAAGAAGUUAUUCGUCUUCACACCUGUGUUCGAGGAAAUACACGAUAAUGACAAAGCAUUCAACCACUGUAUGGAUGAUAUAAUCCUAAAAUUAUCAAAC